AUGACACAACCUGCCGAGGAUCUCGAAACCGUGGCGCUGGACGAGAGUCAGCCGGACCGGUACGUACGAAUCGGAACCAUGCUAAACGCCACCCUCCGCGCCGAAUUCAUCCAGUUCCUUCGGCGAAACUCGGAAGUCUUUGCCUGGUCUUACAACGACAUGCCGGGCAUAUCCCCCGACAUCAUCAGCCACAAACUGAGCAUCUCACCGGCUUUCAAGCCUAUCAGGCAAAAGCCCCGAUCCUACGAUGCCGAACGGUAUGAAGCUAUGAAGAACGAAGUAGACAAACUCAUGACCAUAGGCUUCAUUCGGGAGGCUGUAUACCCAGACUGGUUGGCAAACUCUGUCAUGGUUUGGAAGGCAAAAGGUGGAUGGCGAAUGUUCCAAGACUACACCGAUCUGAACAAAGCCUGUCCGAAGGACAGCUUCCCGUUGCCACGCAUCGAUGAGCUGGUCGACGCCACUGCCGGUCACGAACUGCUCAGCUUCAUGGACGCCUACUCUGGAUACAACCAGAUCUUCAUGCACCCUGCCGACAGCGAACACAAGGCGUUCAUAACCGACAAAGGCUUAUACUGCUAUAACGUCAUGCCGUUCGGCUUAAAGAAUGCGGGGGCAACCUACCAGAGACUGGUUAACCGAAUCUUCGCUGAGCAGAUCGGCAGUACAAUGGAAGUCUAUGUGGAUGACAUGCUAGUAAAGAGCCGAACGGCAGAUGAACAUCUGGCGGACUUAGCCAUCAUGUUCGGCAUCUUGAAGGAUUACCGAAUGAGACUCAACCCAACGAAGUGCGCCUUCGGCGUAUCUUCGGGAAGAUUCCUCGGUUUCAUGAUCAGCCAAAGGGGUAUCGAGGCAAACCCCGAUAAAAUAAAGGCCAUAAUCGACAUGGAGGUGCCGAAGACACAAAAGGACAUCCAGAGCCUUACCGGACGAGUGACAUCCAGAGCCACAGACAAGUGUGCACCGUUCUUCAAAGCCUUGAUAGGGGGCAAACACCAUAUAGAGUGGACUGCCGAAUGCGAUAAGGCGUUUCAAGACUUAAAAGACUACAUAGGCAAAGCUCCGCUACUGUCAAAACCACUCCCAGGGGAAUUUCUCUUUCUGUAUCUAUCAGUAUCCAACACUGCCGUCAGCUCACUGGCUUUGGCUCUGGUCGUCUCUGCCCGGCGGUUGCAGCCCUAUUUUCAGGCCCAUACCAUCGUCGUCCUAACCAACCAGCCUCUUCGGCAGGUUUUUCAAAAGCCAGAAACAUCCGGUAGGUUGGUAAAAUGGGCGAUCGAGUUAGGAGAAUUCGACGUACAGUUCAAACCCAGACCUGCCGAAAAAGGACAAGCCGUGGCAGACUUCAUCGCUGAACUAACACCUUCGGAGGCAUCAGAACCCGGGAAAACCCCUCCACCGGAAGGCCUACCAAACGGUAGCCGGUUAGACCAGUCAAUUCCUAUCUGUAUCCUACACGUGGACGGCUCGGCAAACCAACAAGGGUGCGGAGCUGGCUUGGUACUCACCGCCCCCGACGGAGCCAAGAUGGAAUAUGCCAUCAGGUUUAGUUUCCGAACAUCCAAUAACGAGGCAGAGUACGAAGCCCUCUUAGCUGGCCUUCGGCUAGCAAAGAGCAUGGGAACUAAGCAGGUCAGCAUCCACAGCGAUUCGCAACUCUUCGUCAACCAGGUCACUGCCGAUUUCGCCGCAAAGGACGCAUCUAUGACAGCCUACCUAUCAUCGGCACAUCUACUACUCCAGCAGUUUAAGGCCUACGAGAUCCGGCAGGUUCUGAGGUCAGAGAACAGCCAUGCCGAUGCAUUAGCCAGAUUGGCAUCGGCAAUUAACGACAAAAUUGGCCGAAAGGUCCCUGUCGAGAUCUUGGCCCAGCCAAGCACCACCUCCGUCGGCAUAUGCACCAUACAGUAUGAGGACACCUGGAUGUCGCCAAUAUACAUAUACCUUACGAACGGCACCCUCCCAAAGGACAAGUCACAAGCGAGGAAGCUGCGUUACCGAUCGGCAAGGUACAUUGUCAUCAAUGACAUCCUGUACAAACGCGGCUACACAACCUCCUACAUGAAGUGCGUCACCGAAGAGCAGGGCAAAUAUGUCCUUCGGGAGAUCCACAGUGGUGUCUGUGGCGAUCAUUCUGGCUCCAGAUCCCUGGCCCACAAAGCCUUCCGGCAGGGCUACUAUUGGUCGUCGAUGUAUCGGGAUGCAAUAGCGAUGGUAAAGAAGUGCGACAAAUGCCAACGGCAGUUCUGCACUCGCCUCAAAAUUAACCUAUUCUUCGCUUCCCCAGCUCACCCUCAGUCGAACGGUCAGGUAGAAGCCGUGAACAAAAUUAUCAAGAAACUCUUGAAACGGCAACUCAACAGUGCCAAGGGCGCCUGGCCGGAGAAGCUUCCCGAAGCUCUGUGGGCCAUCCGAAUGUCCUACCGAACCUCAACAGGGGAGACUCCCUUCAGCCUCGCAUUCGGCUCAGAAGUUGUCGUCCCAGUCGAGAUCGGCGAGUCCUCCUACCGAACGGAAGUUUUCGAGCCAAAGGCAAACGAGGCUGCACUCGCGUUGAGCCUGGAUUUAAUCGAGGAACGCCGAACGGCAGCCAACCUUCGGAACGAAGCAUACAAACAGCGCGUCUCUUGGUAUUACGACUCAAGGGUCAAACCUCGCUCCUUCAGAAUCGGGGACUGGGUUAUGCGCAAGGUUUCGCUCGCAACCAAAAACCCAACGGAAGGAAUCCUCGGACCUUCCUGGGAAGGACCUUAUGAAGUCAUCGGCAUCCUUAGAUCCAGCACCUACAAGCUCCGAGGCACGGAUGGGAAGACCCUCGGUCACCCAUGA